AUGAAGCUCCCCGUUGCUUGCAUCGUAUUGCUCCAAGCCGCCACCUCAGGCGCCAUACCCGCCAGCCACGACGCUGCACCAACAGCAACAAUUGAUUCUGGGCUAAUUUUCGGUGUUGCAACCCAACUCCCAGGGGCCCCUGGGCCUGUCAAUAAGUUUCUAGGCAUACCAUACGCAGAGAAACCUGAACGCUUCACCCUCUCCAAACCACCAAAGAGAUGGAGCUCCCCCAAGAAUACGACAGCCUUUGGACCCUCGUGUUAUCAAUUGGUCCCAGAUAGUGAUGUCGGCCCCGGCAAAGACCUUCUCGAUGGUCUCUUCAACCAACAUCCGCCUCAAAGCGAGGACUGCCUUUUAAUAAAUGCAUUCGCUCCCACACCCUCCGGUCCGGCAUCUGGCCGUCCAGUUGUUGUUUUCAUUCCCGGUGGUGGAUGGCAGAUGGGCAAUGGCCAGCUCGACUUGUCUGGGUUUGCCGGGUACGAAGACAUUGUUGCAUUCGCCUUCAACUACCGGACAAACAUAAGGGUGCGCGCAGUAUUCGGUUUCCCAAACAGCGGCGAGCUCCCGGUGCAACAACGAAACCUCGGCCUAUACGACCAACAGCUCGCACUCGAAUGGGUGCAAAAGAAUGCCAAGGCGUUUGGUGGCGAUGCCUCCAAGGUGACCAUCUGGGGGGAAUCCGCCGGGUCGCUCUCGGUCGACAUACACAUGCACGCAUACGCCAAUGUCACCAAGCCCCCGUUUCGAGGCGCCAUCAUGUCCAGCGGCGAGUUCUCAUUCGGCCUACUGGGCACGACCGCAGCGCCCAACAAUACAAAAGCCUGGGAUAGCGUCGUAAAAGAGGCCGGGUGCAAGGGAGCCAGCACGAUUGACUGCCUGCGAACAAUGCCAGCGGAAAAGCUGGUAAAUAUUACCCAAAAGGCCGGUGCUAUUUUCAUCCCAAUUGAGGACAACAGGGCUGUUCCCGCAGGACGUGCUUCUGCGUGGAGGCAAGGGAAUCUGGCCAAGGUGCCGAUCUUGGCGGGCACGAUUGCACAGGAAGGACGAGCUCUUGUCAAUCGCAACAUCUCGCUGGAUCGGUUCAACGAGGCAUACUUGUUUGAACCGUUCUUCAGCAACGAGCAACGCGAUGAAAUCUACGCGCAAUACAGAAAACUGCCCGGUUUGAAGACAGACUUUGACCUGGCUGCUGCUAUAUACACCGACUUUCUUUGGCAAUGCCCGAUGCAAAAGCUGACGCAGGUCUCUGCGUCGAUUCACAACCCCACGUGGCGAUAUUAUUUCAACAUGUCUAUAGUCGACAGGCUUCCCAGCGAGUACAGCUACCUGGGCAAGUUCCACGGCAGCGAUCUGCUGCUUCUCGUGAUCUCGCCGACGUACGACGACUCGACGGCGGCUGGGGCCUUGUUGACUCCUUUGCUGUCCACGUUUGCCAACUACUUUCGCGGUGCGAUUGGGAGGUUUGUGCGAAACCCGGGCGGCGGUCCCGGCUGGCCCAUGGUGGGAUCAUCGUUCAGGCCUUGGGACGUGGUGACGCUGGGUGAUGUUGGUUCUGCGCACACGGCGGGUGCGACGCCUGUGAAUCAGACAGCGGUCGACAAGAACUGUGUCUUGUUUAAGGAUGCGCUGGAUAUAUAUGAGAAAUAUACGGGCUCUGCGUAG